UUACAUCAACAGUCAUGGAAACAUUCUUGAUAAUAACCAAAAUCAUUAUGAAUAAAACCAUGGAAAAUGUCUAGAUAUCAGCUCUUAAAUUAAACUCUUAUCAGUUAUUUUUGUUGUUAUUAUUAUAUUUGUCCAAACAAAUUUACCUUUAGUUAUACCAGGCAUUAAAAUCAACAAGAAAUAUAAGAAAACAAGGGUGGUCUAAUAUUUUUUACCAAUCCAAUCCACUUUAUUUAUAUAGCACAAUUUUAGCAAACACAAGGUUUCCAAAGUGCUGCACAACAAUAAAUAGAUAACACAAUAAAAGGAGAUGAAGUAAACAAUAGAACAGUAAAAUACAAUAAGAUAAAAUAAAACAGAAUAGAAUAAAAUAAAAUAAAAUAAAAUGUACUUCCAUGACUGUAUGUAAUAUUUUUUGGUAAAUUUAAUGGCAUACAAUUUUUUUAUUUAGCCAGUUUCCGUUCUGCCUUAACACAUGGCGUUAUUUAUUUAUCAGAUUAAAUCAGAUUAAAUCUCUAUGGAUUAAACAUGUUGGAGCUAUAGAGUAUGGUGACCUUUGACCCGGCUCAACAGCGCCCCCCGGCGGCCUGAGGAAACUUUCCUCCCUGAGACUUCCUGUUUGUCCGGAGCGGAGCCUGCUGUCCUCCUCCUGUCCUCUCUCUGUCUUUGUCUCAGAAACUCUCCUCCUGAAACUCCUGCUCCUCCUGCAGCUCCUCAUUACUCCCACGCUCAAACUCUCUCACCCCUGCAGCAGCUCCGUCACCCCGGGGCGAGCUGGGUCUGGUGUCCGGGACAGGCAGCAGUUGGCCGGGCAGAGCCGGCAGGAGCAGCCUGUGUGUGUCUGGUUCUCCGGUGUGUGUCUGGUUCUGGCUCUGGUUCUGGUUCCCCGCUGAUGGAUUUCACAUGAAGAAUCGCUGACGCUGCUAAUGCUAAUUAGACUGAGUGCUAAUUAGCCGCUGUGCUAACAGGUGUCCUUUCUGUUGUGUUUCUGAGUUAAAUUAGAUUUUUCUUUAAUGAGGUAUUGAAUGUGAAUUCAGUCAGCUGUAAAAAGAGUUUCAGUAAAAUCAGCCUGUAAACGUCGAGUUCAGAUGUGUAAACUGUGUCUCUAAUUUAAGUGUCCUUUGGGUGUUUAAAGCCUCAGUUUGACUCUUAAAAUCAGUCAGUUUUUGAACGUAGUCUGGUUUGUUUACAUCAGUCAGCGAGGCUUCAAAUGAAGAGUAACUUCAGUUUACAGGUUUUUAUUUCAGGAGUCCUUUCUGUUGAGUUAAAUGAGACUUUAGUUUAAUGAGGGUUAGAAUGUGAUAUCAGUGAGUGUCUUUCUUUAAAUGGAGUUUGAGUUUAAAUUAAGUUUUAAAUAAAAUCCGCCUUUAAGUGUCGAGUUUAAACGGUUGAACUCUCAAAGCAAGAUAUUUAUUUGAUAUUGAUUGAUUUAAGUCCCAUUUUCUAAGUUUAUAGCAGGUUUUCUUCAAACUUAGAACGUGUUUGACUGUAAUCUGGUCUGUUUAGGUCAGUCAGUGUAACAUGGGGUUAAAUGUUAAAAUCAGCCUUUAAAUGUUGAGUUCAGGUUCCCUGCUGAUGUUUAUUGAGUUUCUUUGGUUAAAUUAGACUUUUGUUGAAUGAGGUUUUGAAAGUAGUUUAACUGGGUUUAACUUGAUCCAGCAGCAGCUCGUCUGUUUUUAAAUGUAGUUUAAUCGGAAUGAUACCAGGCUGGAAUAGAACUGGCUUUAAAUGUGUUCAGGUGUUCUAAAUACUGAGUUCCUGGUCCUGAAGUCCGGUUCUAAAGACCCAGUUCUAGAUGUAGUUUCAGAUUGUUUCCUGGUUUAAGUGUCCUUAUUGUUUGGUUCUGGUUCAGGUUCUGUUGGACUUUGUUUUAAUGGGAUUUUAAAUGUAGUCUGACCUGGUUUACAUCGAGGGUCUCUGAUCUGAAGUGGUUCUAAAUGUAGUCCGACCUGUUUCCUGUCGAUCGGUUCUGUCUGUGGUUCUGCUGGUCUUGGAUGCAGUUGGUCCGGGUCUAGGCGGGGUUCAGUCCCAGGUGUAGCUCAGGAUGGCGGAGCUCCACCAGACUCCCACCUCGCUGUGCUGCUGCCGGAAGUCCCUGCCGGCCUCUGGGGCCCGGUGUGUCGGGGACUCGGGCCGGCCCUCGGCGGGCCCGGGUCCUGGUCCCGGGACCCCGCGGUGCCCCCUGGUGGACGUGGCCUCUGCCUCCAACUUCAGCUGCUUCCAGCUGCGGCACCUCCACCUGGACCUGCGGCUCAACUUCGCGGUGAAGGAGAUGAGCGGCUGGCUGGUUCUGGACCUGGUGCCGGUCCAACCGGGGGUCCAGACCCUGGUCCUGGACUCCCACCCAUCCCUCCUCAUCCACUCCAUAGACUGUAAGGUCCCCGGAGCCGGGCAGGAGGAGCCGGUCUCCCUCACCUACCGGGUCGACCCGUUCACAGACUACGGCUCCUCCCUGAACAUCAGCCUGCCGAGCGGCGCCGUCAAGCCGGGCCGGCUGAUCCAGAUCACGGUCCGCUACACCACCACCGACGGGCCGGCGAUCUGGUGGCUGGACUCGGAGCUCACCUGUGGUCAGUCUCGUCCUCUGGUCUUCACUCAGGGUCACUCUGUGUGUAAUCGCUCCUUCUUCCCGUGCUUCGACACACCUGCUGUCAAGAGCACAUAUACUGCUACUGUCAGGGUUCCGGACGGUGUGACGGUUCUGAUGAGUGCGUCUCGGAGCUCGUACUCGAAACAGGACCGGGUCUUCCAGUUCUCCAUGGAGUCUCCGGUCCCCUCGUACCUGGUGGCGCUGGUGGCUGGAGAGCUGCAGCAUGUCGACGUGGGCCCGCGGAGCCGGGUGUGGGCGGAGCCGUGUCUGCUGUCAUGCGCGGUGAAGAAGCUGGGCGGCAGCGUGGAGCGCUGGUUGGGCGUGGCCGAGGAGCUGUUCGGACCGUACCUGUGGGGCAGGUGUGACAUCGUGUUCCUGCCACCCUCCUUUCCCAUCGUGGCCAUGGAGAACCCAUGCCUCACCUUCAUCAUCGCCUCCAUUCUGGAGAGCAGCGAGUUCCUGCUCAUCGACGUUGUGCACGAGAUCGCACACGGGUGGUUCGGCAACGCCGUCACCAACGCCACCUGGGAGGAGAUGUGGCUGAGCGAGGGGCUCGCCACCUAUGCCCAGCGUCGCAUCACCACAGAGGCCUAUGGUGAGGCGUUCACCUGUCUGGAAACUGCCGUCCGAUUGGAUGCCCUGCACAGACAGCUGCGUCUCCUCGGAGACAACAACCCUGUGAGCAAACUGCAGGUCAAGUUUGAGCCAGGUGUGAACCCCAGCUCUCUGAUGAAUCUCUUUACCUAUGAGAAAGGUUUCUGCUUCGUGGCGUAUCUGUCAGAGCUCAGUGGAGACGUGAGACGAUUCGACUGCUUCCUCAGGGACUACAUCUCAGAGUUUAAGUUUAAGAGCGUGGUGGCUCAAGACCUCAUCGACUUCUUCCUCGACUAUUUCCCCCAGCUGAAGGACGCCGCCGUGUCCCACAGAGAGGGUCUGGAGUUCGAGCGAUGGCUGAGCGGGUCCGGUCCUCCUCUGUACGAGCCGGACCUGUCAGCGGGGGGCGCUCUGACCCGGCCUGUCCAGGACCUGUGUGACCUGUGGAGAAGCUCUGCCCCCGACCUGCACGCCCUCACCACCUUCGACCUGUCGGCCUGGAGCACCUUCCAGAUCGUCCUGUUCCUGGACCGCAUGCUGGACCUGUCCCCCCUGCCCCCAGACGUGAUGUCCCGUCUGUCCUCCUGCUACUCGUCCCUGUUUGAGGGACUAAAUGCUGAGGUUCAGAUCCGUUGGCUUCAGAUGGUCGUCAGGAACUCGUUCUAUCCCGAGCUGCCUCGAGUCCGUGCCUUCCUGCACAAACAUACGUCCAGGAUGUACACAGUGCCGCUGUAUGACGACAUGGUUGCCGGGGUGAUGAAGUGCGUUGCCGUGGAGACGUUCAAUCAGACGCAGCGCCGCCUCCACCCGACGCUCCGCCGCACUCUGCAGCAGAUCCUGUUCCAGCCCGGCGCUGCCCCGACCAAUCAGAAUGCCCCGCCCUCCCCCUCCCCCUUCCCCCCGCCGCAGCCUGCUCCCACAGCAACCGCCUCCACUGGCACCGGGACACCCGCCGCCGCCUCCAUCGCCCUGAGGGACGUCAACGUCUCCGCCUGACGCCUUACGAUGAUCACCUGACUGUUUUUAAAGGACGAAUCAUCAGCUGCUCACUGAACUCUGAGUCAGCUCCUCUGAUUGGCAGACAGCUGUGAGUCUGAAUCGGCUCCUCUGAUUGGCCGGGGUCUCUGAGUGUUUUUACUCUGAUUGCCUGGCAGCAGCAGCUUCAUCACAGAUUAUUGAUCCUUUAUUGAUUUAUUGGCUCAUUUCUGACAGGAAGAGGAAACAUUAGAACCAAAAACAAAACUUUUAAAUUAUGAAAGUCGUGUUUUCCUUUUUUUUGUUUAACAAACACUUUACAAAUAGUUUUUUGUCUAAUUGAUAAUUAGUUUUAUAAACUCUAAAUAUAUAGAACUUUAAAUUACAGCAGAACUGAUCAAAUGUGACAUAAAUUAAUAUUUCUGAUUAAAGACGCUUCUUUAUUUAUUUACCUUGUGAUUAAUUCCUCAAUUAAUUCCCAAAUUUUUCUUUUUAUUAAUUUGUACAUUUAUUUAUUUAAUUUAGCAUUCAUCAUAAAUUCAUUUAAUUGAUAUAUAUAAAUACACAGAAAUUAGCAUGAAUAAAUUAAAGAAAAAAGGGGAAUAAUGGAGUUAUUAGAAGGUAAAUAAAUAAACAUUUAUAUGUUAUAAUAUUUUGGUACAUUAAUUUGUUUGUUUUAUUUUGGCAGCUUCUGAGUUUCAUACUUUUAAUGAUCCGGCUGUGAUUUUUAACUCUAACAAACAUUAAAUAAUAAAUAAAUCGAUCUUCCUGACAGAAAGGAGCCAUGCUGCGAUGCGUUCACUGUCUGUCUGGAUUUUAACAAACUGCUGCAGUAAUAACUUUAAUAACUCGUAGCUGAAACAAACCCGUUCACCUCUACCUCCGGACUCUGAUGUCACAUGACCAGCAGGAAACCAGCUGACUCACCUGAGAGGCCUUAAUGCUGCGUUCACUGCAGCUGGGAAACCAGACGCUCGUCGUCUUCGUCCCUUUAACAUUGAUUCUUACUGUUUUUACCUUCAGCAGCAAUAACAUAACAAUAAAGUUCUAUGAGCAGUUUUUAUCUGGUUCUGGUGAAUCCUGGUUCAGCAGCGGGUCCGUCUGCAGGGUAGGAGGGCGGGGCAUAACCAGGACCAGCACCGGGAGAACUAAGACCAAGACCAGGACCAGGACCAGGCCCACGAGACCUGCUGCAGUAAAACAAGGCUUUCUGAAUGGAUUCUGGUGCCCGUGGAAACUGGACAUAAUAAUAUUUUUACUCUGUAAACAAAUAAAAGUAGCAAAACAAACGACGAGCAGAAACUGAAGCGUCGAUCAAUUAUCAGCUGAUAAUGAUCAAUAUUUUAUUUAUGUGUUUUAAUGAUUUCCCAGCUGUCGGUGAACGCCUCAUCACAGUUUGUUAUGAAUGUUUGACUACAAAUAAAAAACACUUGAAACUACAAAAUA